GAACAGGUUGCCUGGGAAACGGCCGCAUGGCAACAGGAUCAGAGCCUGGGAGUUGUCUGCCGCUAGGUCUGCUCCCAUUUUAUCGCAUUUCUUCACUAGAUGGUGUGCAAGCCACUGGAGAGUAGGCUACGGCUCCAACAAAACAAACCUGGAAAACUACAUAAUACGACGCGCCAUUUCUUUAGGCUUUUGAGGAGGAAAGUGUGGGAAUAAAAGCUUUGCUUUAAGGUUUUCAUGCGACUUGGAUAAUAUACAAUCCAGCUGUGAUGGACAUAAUGAUUGCGGUGCAGGAUGUGUGUGUCUCCAGUCAAUGGCUUACCGCUAUAAUUCUCAGUCUGUGCUGCUUUUUGCCUUCGUGCUUACCCGCUGGACAAACUGUGGACUAUGCAUCGAUUGAAAGUGUGGUCACCCGACAAGGCGAUACGGCUCUCCUGAGGUGCACUUCAGAUGGAAUCUCUAAAGGAGCUUGGUUGAACCGUUCCAGCAUCAUCUUCGCAGGGAAUGACAAGUGGUCCGUGGACCCCCGUGUGUCCAUCGUAUCGAGUGGGGGGGAGUACAGCCUGCAGAUACAGAAAGUGGACGUGACUGACGACGGCUUGUAUACCUGCUCUGUUCAGAGCGAGCGCAAUCCAAAGCCAAAGCACCUUCAUCUAGUCGUUAAAGUUCCCCCCAAGAUCUAUGACAUUUCCUCUGACAUCACGGUAAACGAGGGCAGCAACGUGUCACUCAUCUGCACAGCCAGUGGGAAACCAGAUCCCACCAUCUCCUGGAGACAUAUAACCCCAUUAGCCAGGAAGUAUGACAGUGGAGAAUAUCUAAACAUCACCGGUAUCACAAGGGACCAAGCAGGGGACUAUGAAUGCAGUGCAAUGAAUGACAUUGCCUCUCCUGACACCAAGACUGUGAAAGUCGUAGUCAAAUUUGCCCCAGCCAUCCACGAGAUGAAAAGCCAUGGAGUCGGCCUGGGACGCACAGCUCUGCUGAGGUGUGAGGCUGCAGCUGUACCCACACCAUCAUUUGAGUGGUACAAGGGAGAGAAAAGGAUUAACAAGGGACAGGGGAUUGACAUCAAGAACCUCAGCUCCAGAUCAGUCCUCACAGUGACCAACAUGACAGAGGAUCGCUAUGGUAACUACACGUGUGUCGCUGCCAACAUCCUGGGAAGGGCCAACGCCAGUGUGCCUCUCAUUCCAAUUAUUGAACCCACCGCAACUAGUGCUGUCUCCCGCUCAGCGCCAAACACUGCGCCGUAUGGGAGUACAGGAAGAGCGGAAGUCCUGCUGGCCUGUCGGUACCUGAUCCUGGCUCUCUCCUCCUUCAUCAGUGUGUACUAGUGGAAGGGCAGCCAUACACAAUGACUGUAAAGAGCCCUUCAAGCAUUUAUGAAUCCUUUGACAAUGCUCAUGUCUGGAUCAAAUCUGGUACAGUUUGUUGAAAGCAGUGUGGGAUAUAAUCAGCAUUACUUAUGUGGGGAUGAUCGUUUUAUUUCUGUGGAAUUUCUCAUCAUGUAAAUACUUAAAAAUCGUUCGUUUUUUUAUUUUGAUUGUCCACUUUGUGAAUCAGUGCUCAUUGUCCCCUUUCAAAGACCAUGAAAGCUCCGAAAUUUGUUAUUUUAUUAUUCUCUCACCAGGAGGUGGUGAUGCGGAAAUUGACAUUUUCAUCUCAGUUUUUGUAAAUGGCUCAAAAGAUGCCAUUGUGUGUCCCUCAAUACAUCAAUGCAUCAUUUCCAUACUAAUGUUGUGGCCAGUAUUGAAAGUAUACAGGGUUAAAAAGGAAAGCAUCAUUUUAGAUACCAUUCAUUACAAAUUAAGGUUAGAGCAUGGUAGAAUGAUGACAUAUUUUGAGAUGUGCUAGUAUAAUAAUACAAUAGCUGAAAUGCUGCACAAUAGACAUUGGAAAGGGAACAUUUCAGACAUAUUUGAUCUUGGCCAUAUUCUAUUUGAAUGCAGAGCCUUUCAUCAUCUGUCCCAAAUAAUUUUUCCUCUUUUGACUAUUGGAAUAGUAAUCUUUCUUUCCAGGCAUGGGUCCUAAAUGUAUGAUAUAUACUUGACACUCAUAUUUGACCAGGCAGUGAACAGAGUAGCAAGUGUUUACGUUAGUACUGGUAAGAUACUGUAGUCUGGGGGGUAAUAUAAUUUACAUAAUUACCAUUUCAUCAGAAAACAGCUCACUCAUUUUCAAUACUGAAGGGAAGACAGUUUUCCUCUCUGAGGACAAGAAAGUACAAGUUUACAGUUUUUCAUUUGAAUUUCUAUGGUUUGAGAGAGAUGCGUUUACAAGUUUACAGAGGUACUGAACAUGAAGAGGAAGACCUCUGAUGAAGGGAUACUUAGGUAUUAGUAAAGAUCUUCCAAUAUAGUAAAGUUUAAGACAACAUUUAACACUGACUAACUAUGGUUCUAGACAGAUGCAAAUAUUUUCCAUCCCGAAAUUUACAAAUAACAUUAGCCUUGUAAUUUAAGAUCAAACUUUUAAAUAACUAAGAUGGGAUUGGUAAAUGGAGGAUAAAGAGGAUUUAUGCAUUAUGAUGUGUUUCAGUUUGAGUUUUAUGAAUCAUAUCUUCCACAGGACAAGGGAAUUAUGUCUGCCAACUUCUUAAAACACAGAUUGGUCUAAUGAACAAAACGUGUACUAUAAAACCGGAGACAACAUAGCCAUCGAGAUAUAAAUCUGAAAGCACAAAUACUGUACUUGCUGUUAUUUUUGAUUGUGUAGUGUUUUGUUUUUAAAAUAUAUAGUGAAGACAUUUUUGUUUGAUUAAUUUUCUGUUUUUAUUAUUUUGUUUGUACUGGAAUUGUUUUCAGCCUGUUUGGUGGUAUAUGAAAAUACUGCACCAUAUAAUCUUGUUUAAAUGUAAGUAUGAUGCAAAAUGGGUCAGAAAUAUAUUUAUUAUCUUCCUUUGUGAAAACACUGUAAAAAAACAACAACAAAAAAACGAUUUAAAACGUGAAUCUGGAUAUGUGAAAUUAUUUCAAUGAAGCACAGUAUGGCAUAGUUUAUAAUGUUGUCAAUUAAUUUAGAUGCCAUCACUGUUGUUGAUUCUUGUCAAAACAAUAGAUUAAAAAAGAGAUGUUUGCAAUCUAAUUAUCUACUUUUUGAAACUGAGGUGGUGUGAACCAAUAUAACAGUAUUAUAGAAAUGAGUAAAUUGUGUGUAUAUUUGGAGAAAAUAGGAUUCCUUUUGAUCUUAUUGGUAGAGCCGGUGUGUAGUUUAGUUUUCACACACUUGUUUGAUGAUGUGCAGAGAGUAUGAUUGUGCUGCAUGUCAAAAUUAACCUGUGUUUUAAGGUGGCCAGUUUACAAAUAAUCAAUACUUUUAUGGGUAAAACCAGUUUUAAGAAUGUUUCAGCUCUAUGACAAAAAAAGAGCAUUGCAUACUAAAACUCACCAGGCUACAUCCAUUUGUGUUUUGUUUGAAUCUAACUUGAGUAUUUAUGUGACAAUACUGUGUUGCUAUUUUCAAGUCUUAGUAAGAGUGGCACAUUGGUGACAGCAUGGAGUGUGUUGGUUGCCUGUCUAAGCAGCUCAGAACAUGGAAUUAUUUCAUCAUGUAAAAUGUACUGUGUUUUCAUUAUUUUGAUUAUACAAUUUGGCAUUAACCAAGACCAUUUAUAUAGUCACUAUUAUUUGCAAUUUCCUGAUGUUUCCUGAUGUUAACAGACUUAAAAUUACACAUUUGAGUUAAAGAGCAACUGCCCCUAAAAACCAACUACUCCUUUUAAAAACACCUAUGCGGUAUCGAUUUGAUUAAAUAGGAUAAUUUUGGUCAUAAAGUCAGUCUUGUCCAAAACCGAGAUUUGCGAGAUGAUAGGGAAAAAUGUUAUGUAAUGGAAUGAAGGUUACCUUAACAGUUUUCCUUGGGUUGGGUUUAUUUCAAUCCUGCCCACAGCUGGCAGCACUCAAGUAAUCAUCAAUUCAGAGUGCAGCUGGCCUAUGGCCAAUUUGGUUUGACAUUCGAUAUCCCUAUGGGGCAUUUCAAUAGCUCCAAAUUUCAAUAACUUAACCUCAAACCAACAAAAAAUUGUAGAAAUUCAUAUACAAUUAUUGAAAGCAUAAGAGACUAAAAGGUGAGACUAAAAGGUGUGCAACAUAAAAAUAUUGUCCCAUUUACAUUGUGUAAUUUCUUGACAGUCCCUAACUAGCCCCAAAGAUAGGCUAUCCAAAGUCAAACCAACUCUGCCACAGUCCCACACCAGCCAGCUGAAGCUAAUUGGUGAAUGAAGUUGGCUAGAAAUAGCUAGCCUAGGCAAUUUCAGGAUACAAUACCUGGUUAGACUGUUUCAAGUUAUCUAGAACAGGGUUUUCCAAACUCGGUCCUGGGACCCCCCUGGGUGCAUAUUUUGAGUGAAUGUGCAAACACUUGCCACGUGUGAACACACAUUUUUUUUCUUCACAAAAGUAGUGCUGUAUUAGCGGACCGAUAUAGCUGUCUGUACCACAGGUAAACAACAAAAUAAUAAUGAGUCCCCCCCUCCAUCUAUUGAGAUGUUUCCUAGACAGUGUUUGAUGCGGACACCACUGUGCCACAGUCCACUAUACCAAUCCAGGAUGCAUUUGGGUAAAAAGCUUGUGCUGUUUAAAUUAGACUAACAUACCUGGGUCAUGUUCAUUAGGGCACACAACAGAAAAAAUGCUUUAAAAUGUUUUGCAAUGGAAAACUAAAUUGAGUGUUUCUUAUUGGACAGGAAGGAACAUGGUUUCUUUUUUGACAAAGAGAUAAAUUAACAUGACUUUUCCACUCUAACUUUAAGAGGUGGGUCACAACAACAGUUGUAAUUUCAACAGAGGAUAAUCCAAAUCAGAGUAUAUUUGAAAACCAAGGUUGUGUUUAUUAGGCUUCAAAAGAGGAAUGAACCAUGUUCAUUCCUCACUUUGUCAAAAAUGAGGCCCUGGCACACAUCUGCAGAGGUUAUCCCCCUGUGAAUAAGGUGACCUGUCUCUGUGCUAGCUGUUAACAGAAAAUCAUUCAGCUUUCACAUUUCAGAUAAGAGGAUAUUUAAGUAUUCAUGCAAUUACGACCAGGCCAAGCUCUGAAUUUUCCCUUGAGUUUUACCACUGCAGUAUUGGGGACGACUUCAAAGAGUGCUCUUCAACUCACCUGAUAUUGUGAUAAUCCCUCAAUUUAAAUGUGCAAUGCUUUGAAUACAGAAUAGAAGGCAUUGUUUUGAAUAAUGAAACAACAGCUGUCAAAUGAGUCCACAAGGGGAACAAGUAAUGUACUGAAUGUGCCUUUAAAGUAUUUAAAUAAUACGUUAAAUACCAUAUCCUAGCCUCAUUUAUAAAACAAUUAUUGCACCUCUAGAUAAGGCCCUUGGAGAAGGGUCAUUUACAGGGCAUAUGUAUUUCAACAAUAUCAAAAGAUUCAUGAUUGCUUAAUCAUUCCAUAUCUUGAAUUCGCUGUAUGUUAUCGCUUAAAUAUCACCAGUCAUAUUAAGCUUUUCAAUAAUACAAGCAAUGUGCUACAUGCAGGUUAAGAUCAUUUGAUCCGAUGUGGAUAAUUUCCCCCAUUUUGUCUCCAACUAUUUGCUUGUAUUGGGUUUAUGUGGUAAAAUGUAAAAAAAAAAUAAAACAUGAUCAGGCUUCAUACAGCAUUUCAUUGCAGUAUGCUGUGAAAACAGUUUAUUUCUUGUAGAUAGUGUAAUAGUUACAUUCCAAGCAAAAUACAGUAAAACAACACUCAGUUAGUCUAAAGCAUCCUCAGCAAAAAUCAAUUCACAUCGUUAUAGGAACUCAAUGAGAGUAUGGGCAAACCUUAUUUAAGUGUGUUUUUAUUGAAUCUUUAUAAUUUGAUUACUGAUUACACCUUCAUAGCUCCCGAGUGGCGCAGCGGUCUAAGGCACUGCAUCUCAGUGCUAGUGGUGUCACUACAGACCCUGGUUCGAUCCUGGCCGUGAUCAGGAGUCCCAUAGGGCGGUGCACAAUUGGCCCAGCGUCGUCCGGGUUAGGGGAGGGUUUGGCCGGGGUAGGCCAUUGUAAAAUAAAAAUUUGCUCUUAACUGACUUGUCUAAUAAAAAAAUUACUGCACAAUACUCAGACCUCAGGAAAGAUAUGCCCAUUUUUUUAUGUUAUAUCGUUGGUGUGCAUCUCUGAGCGAUGUUAAAUCAAUUCCUGGGGUCAUUUUAUUGUGUAUCUGAGCUAUUGCCGUUCAAGCAGACAAAACUCUUCAUACCAGCUGCCAAUGGAUAGAAAAGUAUUUGACGUGUUAGUCAUUUAUCAGACUCUCUCUACAAUUAGUGAAGUUUUCAGACCCCAAAAGUAGAAUAAUGUCAAGAUGAGUCAAUUUCCCAUGUCAUCUGUUGUGUAGAUCCAGCCAUAUGCCUUUCUUUUCCAUUAAUUUGGAGUUGGGGCUUACAGAUGGCUCUACAAGGUACAUGGUCUGGGACGUGGACUAAUCUCAACAUAUGACAAACUUACAUUUUGGAGUGAACUGUCAAUUUAAUGUAAAACUCAGUAGCUAAUGUAAGAUUCCAUUGAAUCACAGUGCCAAAACCGAAGUGCGUGGCCACUCCCGAUUGUUAUCUCAUCAACACACACAAUAGUAAUUAAAACAGCUUCGUUUGUAACUCUACUAUUGUCUUGUAAAACAUGCGUAACAGAGUUAAGGACAUACCAUAACCUCACUCCACAGCUAGCUUGAAAUGUCUCCGAUGGCGCAUCUUUUGUAUAGCUAGAACAGUUUAUAUUUUGUCAUGCGGGCGGUCACGUGUGUUGGCGAGGUAGAGGAUGCUGGUUCAAGCCCAGUCAGAGGCAAGUUCAGGGAGGCAAAGCUUUUAUGCUAACCUAGCACACUGGCGCCGGUUAUACAAUCAUACUUAGACUAAAUGACCUGGAAGAGUUAUUUGAAACCUGUUUAUGCUAUGUCAAAAUUUGAGAAUUUACAUUGGUGACUGUUACUCAGGCUUUGAGUAUUGAAAACAGUUUAUUUCCUGUCCUCGAACAACUUGCUAUUGCUUGAUUGGCAGUAUGAGAGGAUAUGCUGUGGUUUAUCGAGAUGAUUAGGAUGCUGUCCGGCCUUUUUCUCUCUUGCUUUUGCCUGGCUCUUCACAAAGGCAUCUGUUGGCUGAGUGAAUGGAGAAUGGCCAGAGCCGUUUUGAGAGAGGCGAUUCCUCUGACCCUGCGGUUAAUAAAAUCCUUCCUGUGCCUUUGUCAAUUUUUACUGGGCGAUUUUGUCAAACGCUGGAGGUGCUGCCUGCUCGGGCCCUCUGUGUCCACUCCCUGAGCAGCAUACUGAGUAAAAACCUCUGUGUUUUUAAAGUACUCACAUUCAACUCAGUGAAUACGCUUGUAGCACAGCAGGCAAGAGCUCUCCUCGCCCCUGUCAACCCGAGCCACAGACCCCUUCUACAUUUUUGAUAACUGAUCGUCAGGCAAGUCUUCAUACAGCAUUGUGUGGUGGAAAAUAGUCAUGUAAAAAAUAUAUAUAUCUGGUUUGCAGCAUCUGUCUUGAACUUUUCAAAUUGUCAAUUUUUUAUUUGUGACUGGCGUGAAUGUAUCUCGCUGUUGAUAGUAUCCUUUUCGGCAGUACAAUAGCUGCUAAAAAGUGGAACGUGUGGCUUUAAAAGGCAUACUAUGAAGUAUUUGUCAAUCUCUCCCUCAAUACUUUCACUGAGCUGGAAAAUAAGUUAGCAAGGCACUGAUGCAGAGACUCCGAUAAUGCUACAUUUUAAAGCAAGCUAUCUAAUCAUAGAGAGUCUCCAUGUGCAGUUGAUGACUGAAUCGCACAGUGAGAAAUGUUUUUAUGUAAACUUUGAGAGCAAUUGUCAGUUUCAAAAAGGACCAAGCAGGGUGUUGUAUAAAAAAUAUCACUAUGAAACUAAAUACAGUACAAUCCAAUUAGUUUUUUUGUUAUUGUGCCUCCGAUGGCACAUUUUAUUGUUUCAUACUGAAUGACAUGGCAAAUCCUGAGUUCUUGCCAGGAUGAUCUUUAAAUCAUUGAUUUAAUCAUAACCAACUACCACAUGAUGUUGAGUGUAAGAGGGAACAAUUUAUGACAUUUCACUGAGCCAUUAGUUUCUAUGGAAUGAAGCACAGAGUAGACAAUGAUUUGCUUUUCACCCAGGCAACCUUUCAAAAUCAACACACUAUCAUUAUUUAUUCAAAAUUCGUGACAUGCACACAAAAAAUACACUUUUUUGUGUGUAUUACAAGAUUUUCAUCACAACAUAUUAAAUGUGUAUUACACAAUCUUCUUCAUAACGCAUUUGUGUGCAUUAUACGAAUUCCAAUUUGUUGUGGCUAAUAUUAGCUAGACUAGCUAGGUGGCUAACGUUAGCUAGACUAGCUAGGUGGCUAACGUUAGCUAGGCUAGGGGUUACGGUUAGGGUUAGGAGUUAAGGUUAGAGUUAGGUUUAGGGGCUAGGGCUAGAGGUUAGGUAACAUGCUAGCUAAGUAGUUAAGGGUUAAGGUUAGGGUUAAGGUUGGGAGUUAGCUUAAAGGGUUAAGGUUAGGGGAAGGGUUAGCUAACACACUAAGUAGUUGCAAAUUAGUUCAAAUCCAAAGGUUGUCGGUGAUGAAAUUCAAACACGCAACCUUUGGCUUGCUAGACAUACGCCCGACCAACCUCCUUCCUAUUUUAUUUGUCUUAAGUAACCUACUAUCUUUAUCUGUGAUUGAAAAUCGUGUACUAAUCACUAAAAUAUAUACUUUUUUGUGUGCCUGUCACGAAUUUCCAAUUCGCAAGUCUAUUUCCCAAUAAUCUCUGAUACUGGGGUCUUCGAAAUAUGAGGUGCAGCAUUUCCCUGUCUUAUAUAUCUUUCUCUCUGUACAUAUGUUUAUUUCAUUAUAUCCUUUUUUUUUACAACGAUGUUGAUGAUUAUGUGGAGUAGAUGGUUACACCAUAACAAAAAAUAUUUGUGUAGAGAUUAAAAAAUGUGGCAAUUUAUUUCAUCCUCAAAUCAUCAUUUAGAAAAUUCUGUGAUGAGAAAUUUGAAAUGGUUAUCUUUACUCAAAUGUGUAUGAAGGUCCUUUAGCCACCAGGGAUAUAGUUGUAUAUUUAUAGGCUCUAGAUCACUGGAAUGACAUAUAUGGCUUUAAGUGGCAUUGAUAUAUAUUGAUAUUUGUCAACAACAAAAAAAAUCAUGUACUUUAAUUACUUUAAAGCUUACAUUGUGUAUAGCACGUAUGCAAGUUAAUUUUCAUCAUGUUUGAUGUAAUUUUUGUAGCAGUGGUUUGAUACUAAUAAAUGGCAGUUUAUGAUGGAACUGUA